AUGGCAGAAUCCGACGCAGGCUUUUAUCCUAUCGCCGCCCUUUAUGAAACCCAUCCGCAUGUCCUCACCGACAUAAUGUAUUAUUGCACCCCUACGACGUUUGAUGCAUUCCGUUACACCUGCAAAGCGGUGUAUUCCAUGUCACUCGACCCAGACCUCUUGGAGCACCACUUGAAAAUCAUUGUCAAUCGUCAACACGAAUUGGUCUCUACGCCAAACAGAGCGCCACGGUUCUACUAUGAUGUUAUCUAUAUGGACUCCAAGUUUGAUACUAUUCAAAAUUCUCGCGGAAAUCUCUGGAGAUUGAGGGGUCAGGUGCUUCAGGAGUUCCUGCGGAUGCGGAGUUCUUGGAGAAUUGGAGACUACAAAAAGGUCGUGGUUGAACUGGACGUUCAUCCCGAGGAAGACAAUGAAGUGGGAAAUACUUCUGGAAAUGGACCAUGGUUUGAUGGCACGGUUCAAAUCUUUUCUGGUGCUGUUCGUGGAGAUACUUUUGCUGUAUCGUGGAGCGAUACCAAACAGACCCAUUUACACGCCUAUCUUUUCACCAAUGCCCAGAAAUACGCUAUAUGCAAACUAGAGGGGCCUAUGAAAACGAGUAUUUGUCAUAACUUUUCCGAGAAUAAUACGUACCAAUCUACAACCUUCAAAACAAAAAGUGUCGCGAAACGCCGCCCUCAGGGCCUUUCCCUCAACAUCAAUAAAAAAUUCGAUAUAUUUAUUACCGAAGGUUCCUAUCUGCGCGAUCCACGUGUAAAUACGCAGGACGACUAUCUGGCUCGCCUAUAUGGCACUAUAGAGACGAGGGAAUCGAUAUCAACUUUUCUCCGGGUGGCGUUCGAUGGGAAAUAUGUGGGCCAGAGCGAUGAUGAUGAAGGGCCUGUUGACCUGGCUUACGAAUUAGAUUGGGACCAAAGGAGAAGUUGGAAGGUUCCUGCGACUGACCUCUCAAAUGCACCUAACGUAAUUUUGCCGGGUCAUUGUGACGAAGCAAUGAAUUUAUUUUUGGGGAAAAACGGAAAAUGCGAGUCAAAAGGAUACGCAAUCGGACUCGAUAGCGGACCGCACCAGAAAUGGAAAGUACAUGAACCGAGGAGGCUGAAUGAGGAUGUUUCUAGGUUGGGUGUAUGGAGGGAUGUUUCGGUCGAGUUCGAGCGAGGUCUGGACGGAAAAGAGACGAUUUUGAGGGUUCUGGCAACAGUUUCGAAGAAUCUGAUCAAACCAAACCCCCAGAAAAGGUUUUUGCUUACAAACUCGAAAAUCUUGAACCCUAACGAUUGGACGGAUGUUCAAAUUCCACUAGUAUUGCCCCCAGUUACGAGGGAGGAUCGACAUGGCCAGUUAGUGUUGGCCACUGUGGCCCCGGCCGCAUACUUCAGAAGACUAGGCAUGCGUGAUCCUCAUAUCGCUUGGGCUGAUAAAGGGUUUAUGGACUAUAACUGGGAUACGAAGAAGAACGCCGAAGGCGAAAUUGGACCCGAGCCGAUAUUUAUUCGAACUGGUGCAAUUAUCAACAGCGAGCUCGUGGAUGCCGAAAUUGUGACAAGAGUCGUAGGCUGGACGGACGAUGGGGCAGUUUGGGUGUGGGAUGUCACUGAAAAGCAUAUUCUAGAUGCAGGCGAGCUUUCAAUGGAACAGGACUCUAGCCAAGUGUUAGAAGUUACAGCAAAAAAACUCGGCUAUGUAAAAGAUGUUAAGGGUAUCUUUGUUACGGGAGAUAGACUCGUCCAGAGAAUUACUCUCGUUACAUACGGUAAGGAGCAAAAGGUCCACAGGGUUGGCGAAGAACAUGGUGGAGGGAAUGACUCUGGGAUAUCUUUUUUAAGACAGGAGGAUAUUAUGAGGAAGAUCAAUGAGGCCAAGGCGAAGAAGGCUGCUGGGGAACGGGGAGAAUUUCAAAACGGCCAUGGUGACAGUGACGGAUAUGGAGAAGCGUCUGUAGUGCCACAGUUGGAUGCUACAGAUGACCUCGCUGACGAUACUAGGCGGUGGAGGAUGAUAAAUUAUUGCUAUGGAUACCCAAAAGGAGGUGGCUCUGCUACCUACCGCAUUGACCACUCUGGACAUGUUGAGAAUAUAUAA